UGCGAGUGAACUUAACACAGGACGCCAUGUUUGUGGCCUAUGGCAUUUUGUAGAACCAGGAAAGUCAUUGAAACGAAUUACAGGAAAUGACUACUCAUACCACAAGAGCUCAAGGCUCAAACUUCUGUCUAUUCAGAAUAUAUAUUUGAAUUAAGUAAACUGUGGAUAUCAGAUUAUCAGAGUAAAAUAAUGUAAGCUUAUUUAUAAAUAGUAAUUUAUUGUAAAGUACAAUUUAUUUGUGGUUCUUGCAGUAGAUCUUCUCUAAUUCAUUUGUUGUCUUACACUCCACCAUGCACUUGCAAUAGUGCUGGAAGUUAUGAGAAGACAUUGAUAACUGCUUAGUUGAUAGUCAUGUUUUCAUUAGACAAUUUACUUGAGUAAGUUUUAACACAACGAGAUGUCAGCUGAGAAACGGUUAAAGCGUCUUGAGGAAAUAUAUCUUAGAGGAGUUGCCAAAAGCAAAGGGCAGGCUGUGAGUGUUGAAACUCUUCUUGAUUCCUUAUUGGUACUCUAUGAUGAGUGUAACAGUGCAGCCUUGAGAAGGGAGAAAAACAUCAGUGAAUUUGUGGAAUUUGCUCGCCCUGUGUCAACUUUUGUUCGACAGAAUAGACUACAACGAGAUGAUUUUGAAACUCUUAAGAUUAUUGGCCGAGGUGCCUUUGGAGAGGUGGCGGUUGUCAAGGAUAAAACAAGUGAAAAUGUUUAUGCAAUGAAAAUUUUGAACAAAUGGGAAAUGCUCAAGAGAGCAGAGACUGCAUGCUUUAGGGAAGAGAGAGAUGUACUUGUCUAUGGAGACAGGCGCUGGAUAACUAAUUUACACUUCGCAUUUCAAGAUGAUAAUUAUUUGUAUCUUGUUAUGGAUUAUUACUGCGGAGGUGAUUUACUUACCUUGCUUAGUAAGUUUGAGGAUCGGCUGCCAGAAGAUAUGUGUAAGUUUUACAUUGCUGAAAUGGUGCUGGCCAUCAACUCGCUCCAUGAACUUCAUUACGUGCAUAGGGAUAUAAAGCCUGACAACGUUCUCCUGGACCGCAGUGGCCAUAUAGUGUUAGCAGACUUUGGUUCAUGUCUCAAGCUGAUGGAUGAUGGCACAGUGCAGUCUUCAGUGGCUGUUGGUACUCCUGAUUAUAUUUCGCCUGAAAUUCUUAGAGCUAUGGAGGAUGGACAUGGUCGGUAUGGUCCAGAAUGUGAUUGGUGGUCUUUGGGAGUCUGUAUGUACGAAAUGCUGUAUGGAGAGACUCCCUUUUAUGCUGAGUCUCUUGUAGAGACAUAUGGCAAAAUUAUGAAUCACCAGUCUCGGUUUGAGUUCCCAACUGAUGUUGACGAUGUAUCAACUGAGGCUCAAGAUUUGAUUCGUAGACUAAUUUGUACACCCAAUGAAAGGUUUGGUAAAAAUGGACUGGAAGACUUCAAGAACCAUACAUGGUUUUCCUCCAUCGAUUGGGAAAAUAUUCGUGACAUGGACCCACCUUACAGACCAGAGGUCACAAGUGCAACAGACACAUCAAAUUUUGACGUUGAAGAUAUGGAUUUUAAACACACAGACACGGUUCCACCAACUUCUCAUGCCACCUUCAAAGGACACCAUUUACCUUUUGUUGGAUUUACUUACACCAAAGAUUCGAGACUUUCUGACUUGGGUGUGCUGCUUCCUGAUGCUAAAGGGGAAAAGGACAAGGGUGAUGUACAGAUAGAAAUAUUUGAGAGGAAGAUCAAAAGUUUUGAGAAAGAGAACAAAGAUCUGAACCAGAGAAUAUUAGAAUUGACAGCAACCAUUUCACAUUUACAAAAUAGUGAAAUAAAUGGUAUUGGGGCUGCAUCUGGGGUAGAUGAAACAGAGGUUAGGCAGUUAAAAGAAGAGGUUGCUGUUCUACAUAGAGUUGUCGCAGAAUCACAAUCAGAAGUCAGUAGUUUGGAGCUAGACUUAAAGAAAUCAGGGGAAAUUAUACUAGACUACGAGAGGAGGCUUCGACUAUCAGAAGAUGAAAAGGCAGCAUUUGAAAAGGAGCUCCAAGAAUCUAGAGACAAGUACAAGACUCAAGCAAGGGAGCUAAAAGAAGCCUUAAAUAAACAAAAACUAGCAAUGGAACAAUACACAGAGAUCAAUGAUCAGUUGCUUAAGAGUCAAUCAAAGGUUAAAGAGCUGACCAGGGAAUUUCGGAAUAAAGAAGAAGAAAAUGAGGAUCAGAGACGGAUCAUUGAACAGGCAAGGCAAGAAAAAAGGAAAGCAGAAAAGAGUAUUAAUGAGCUUCAGAACCAGUUAGAUGAAGCGAAAUCAGAGUCGAGCAAGGAGAAAAGAUUGAGGGAAAGAGCUGAACAGUAUACUCAAGACAUUGAAGUUGAAAUGGAAUCUCUGAAGAGGAAACAUAGAGGGAGACAGGGUGUAACAGACAAUGUGGUUGAAUUAAACCAGGAAAUAACUAGGUUGAAAGGUGAAAUAGAAAAUAAAAAAAGAGAAAAUGAUGAAACUGUUACACAACUGCACUCAAAGUACACAUCAGAACUGAACAACUUGAAAUACUCGCUGAAGGAAAGUGAAACCAAGAGGUCUGAUCUCACAGAUGAGAUCAAGAGGCUACAGGGUAAACUAACAGAACAAGUGAAAUCUAAAGAACUGCAUGAAAACAUUGCUGUUCUACAGUCUCAAGUUGACCUGGCUGAAGCCAAGAUCAAAGCUCUUUUGGAAGAAAAUGAGAGGCUUCUAGAGGAAUCAAAUUCACAAACUAACCGAAUAGAUAGUUUGAUAAAAGAAAGGAGCCAAAUGGAGGAAGAAAUCAGGGAUAUAUAUGAUAAAAGGGAAUCUGUUGCACAGUGGGAAGCUCAGAUAUCAGAAAUCAUCAAAUGGGUAAGUGAUGAGAAAGAUGCUAGAGGCUACCUGCAAGCACUGGCUACCAAGAUGACAGAGGAGCUGGAAAACCUGAAAGUCAUUGGUGUACCAGAUGAUUCUUCUCGACCAAGGUGGAGAAACAGACGCUCUGCCAAGCUUGAUAGAAUGGAGCUAUUGAACCUCCAGUCUAAUUUGAACUCUGAGCUUGUUGCCAAACAGCAGAUUGCUGAAGAGUUAGCAAGGACCAAAGAUGAAUUAGCCACUGUUGAAAAUAAAUUACAAGAAAUUAUGAGGGAUAAUUUGGAUUUAAGUAAUAAAACUGCAGCACUUGAGGAGCAGAUAAACGUCUUAAACAGUCGGCCAAGUAAAAGUAACGUAUGGGAAACAAAUGACGAAACAUCCACAUCCAUAUUCAAAUAUCUAAGUGAUAGAUUUGCAUUGCCAGAACAAGAAAGUGAAAGAGAUGACGACAGUGAAGCUGACAAUACAUCUAGGACAGACUCACAUACAGAUUCAAGAUCUGACCUGCGGGGUAGUGAUUUGGAAUCCUCUCUCCCUCGUGACACACCCUACACGCAGCCUUAUGAGCCAGUGUACGAGCCUCCAUGGUCUAACCAGUCGAGCAGCCCUGAACACAAGUUCUCACCUGUACCCAGAUCUCCAAAAUCACCUCAUGCUAAAACACACAGGUUCAUUGUCAAGUCUUUCCAAGCUCCUUAUAAAUGUAAUCUCUGCACCAGUCUACUUAUAGGCUUACAAAGACAGGGGAUCACAUGUGAAGCUUGUAACUAUUCAUGUCAUGUUGGAUGUAUGGAUAAAUGUCCACAAUUAUGCCCAGUUCCUCCUGAAAUGUCAAAACGUAAUUACAAUUUAGAUUUAAACAAGGGACAAGGAACUGUUUUUGAAGGUUUCGUACGAAUGCCAAGGCAAGGUGGUAUCAAGAAAGGAUGGGUGAAGGAAUAUAUGGUUAUAUGUGACUUUAAACUGUUUCUUUAUGAGGUUGCUGCUGAUAAAAAUGUUCCAACGCAUCAGCUACAACAGGUAGUGGACAUGAGAGAUGAAGAGUUCUCCGCCACCCCUGUAUUAGCCAGUGAUGUGAUUCAUGCAAACAAAAAAGAUAUACCAUGUAUAUUUCGAGUAACGACGUCAGAAAUGAACCCACCCGGGUCACAGCACACAGUAUUUUUACUGAGUGAAAAUGAAAAGGAAAAAGAAAAUUGGUUAGCAAUCCUGAAUCAGUUGCACAAAGUACUACGUAAUAAGCAACUACCGAACAAGAGUGUAUAUAGUGCUCAAGAAGUUUGUGAUAAUACUCUGACCCUAGUGAAAGGAACACACUGUGCUGUUAUUUUAGAUCAUAGUAGAAUCAUUUUGGGUACUGACGAUGGUCUCUACGUGGUUGAGCUUACUAAAGAUCAAAUUGUAAGAAUAGGUGAUCGCAGUGAAAGGAAACCAGUAUAUCAAAUUGAUUUGAUUCAAGAGCAACAAUUAGGACUCAUAGCUUACAUAAGUGGUAAACAAAAGCAUCUUAAGCUCUGGAAUCAGUCAGUGUUGGAGGGCACGGAAGCCGAGCCAAUAAAGAUCAAUGAAACGAAAGGCUGCCACAUAUUUUGUCAUGGAGAAAUACGGCAGCCCCAGGGUGGAAGCUCCUGCUGCUUGAGUGUGGCCAUCAAAAGAACUGUCCAGGUGUAUGAAGUGAACAAAACCAGAGCCAGGUACCGCAAGAUGAAAGACAUACAGGUUCCUGGUCAAGUUGAUUGUAUAGAAAUGAUGAGUGAUAGGCUGUGUGUGGGAUAUCCUUCUUGUUUUGCCAUCUACAGUGUACAAGGGGACGCAGCCCCAAUGACUUUAGUCAACACUGAUGACACCAGUUUGGGAUUCCUUGUUCAAAACCCUAUAUCAGCCAUGUUGGCUGUCCAAGUUUCAGAAGUGGAAUAUCUCCUUGCCUUUAAUAUUGUUGGCAUAUAUGUGGAUAAUAAAGGGAAUCGGAGUAGGGCACAAGAGAUAUUGUGGCCAGCACCACCCUUAUAUGUCAGCUAUUCAGAACCAUAUCUACAAUGUUAUACUGAGAAUUCUAUUUUUAUAUUUGAUGUUAUAAAUUGUGAAUGGAUUCAAACUCUCUGCCUGAAAAAGACAAAACCCUUAAAUAAAGAUGGGUCGCUUUGUAUAUUGAAUAAUGUGGACUCUCAGCACAUUGUUUUUCUCAAAAAUAAUAAAGCAGAAGAAGACAAGUUAUCUGUGAUGGAAAUAUUCAAACAGAAGAGCAGUAGAAACAAGAGGAGAUUCUCCUUCAAGACAAUACAAGAAGAGAGAUCUAGCAAAGGAUCACAUAUCUUCAAUUUGAAGCUAAGCAUAAAACGGUCUGAACGUCGCAGUAGAGACAUAUCUGGUCCCUUGACUUUCAGUCAUGUAGCUCAUGUGGGACCCGGUCAGCUAAUGACCGCCUCACAGCUACCCCCUCCAUCUCAAAGUGAUAGGAGAUCAAGGGUUAUAUCCCCUCCAUCUAAUUUUAGCCAUGUUGCCCAUAUGGGACCAGACCAAGGUCAUCAAGUUCUUAUAGAUCUGCCUAAGGGUGGAGCUUCAGCUGGUGGUGAUGAGAUGGCUAGAGUCAAGAGUAUGUUUCAGCCUCAACUCAAGUCUAUACAUGAAGCACAGAGUAGAAACCAGCGUCCAAGUUCACAUUAUAAUGGCAAUGCUGUAAGUAGAGGAAGUGAUAGCACACGACCAGGCAGCAGGGGAAGGGGCAGGUCACUGCCGCUGAACAUGCCUGGGCGAGGUGGAGGGGUUGAUCUGUCUCAGUCACCUCCUACUCAAGACCAAGAGCCUAGCAGUCUAGAAAAAGAAAUCUCAUCACAAAUUUUUGAAGACAGUAUGGAGUCAGCCAGUCACUGGCGUCACUCAGCCAUGUCCAACACCAGCUGCAGCAUGUCUCCCCCUGGCUCCAACAGACACAGCCUGGUCUAUGAGGACCAGUCCUCCCCAGCCAACGUGACAGAUACCUCCGACUCAUCCCAACACAACACCCAGCUCUGACCUCACCUCUGAGGUCUCCACUCACCUGGACCUGUCACUACUAGAUGGAUCUCUAAAGGCUAUUUAUAGAAGGAAGCACCUAGUUAGCGGAUCCAAGUUUUUCACUUAUAACACACUUAACUAAAAACCACUCAUAAUUUAAACAUUUAGAAACUUGUCAAUGAAAAAAAACAAACUGUGAUAAAAUAUUUGACGUUUAUUACCCCCCCUUCCUUCUCUCAUGAUGAUUUUAAAUUAAUUAGAAAUUAUUUUUAGCCCAUUCCAUACCUCAUAUUUUAGAUUAAAGCCACCUUGAGGACAAACUUUCAUUUUUAAGUCACCCAUUCAUCUAACACUUUUAAAGGGGAUUAAUUAAGUUACCUGUAUUUUUUGGAAUGGUGUGUGAUCAAUAACUACCUUUUUUUUCAUGAUAUCAAUUUUGUAGCAACCCCAAAUGAGACCAUUGUAACAAUUAUCUACCAGCUUUGCAUGUUUUCUGUAAUUAGCAUGUGUGAUUGCCAGGUUAUAUUUUAAUGAAGCCACAUGUAGUGGGCAAGUUGUUACUUGACAAAUCCUGCGGUAGAACAUUCAUGUUGUUUUUGAGCACCAUUCCUCCAGUGGACCUAACAAUGGUUGUUUUCAAAUUUUACUUAACCAAAUCUUAAAACAUUUUUUAUCAUCUGCUGAAGUGUGUGAUUUCAAUAUUGGCUUGUGCUACAUUGUAUUUUCUUGACACUUAAUCAUCGACACACCAUCUAUUUUCCUGAUCUACCCAUCUACUUUCUUUACACCCAUCGAAUAUGGUAGCUUUGUGAUUAUGACAGAUGUAUUUUCAUUUUUACUCGUACUUUAAUAAAAAGAACAAGUAACAUUACUUAAAACUAUUUAAAUCUCUGAGGUUUUGAUGUCUAUAUCCAGAUGGUCUGUUGUGCUAAAACAAUCUGUCACUGUAUUUCAAACCACUGGGAGGUGUGAGCUAUGUGUAUCAGAGUCUAGUGCCAGUUUUCUCUAUUUCUAUACUGUGAUUUGUCUGACAGUUGAUGUACGUCUCACUCUUGUAGGGAUAUAUAGGGCAUAACAUGUCAAGAGCUGAGACUUUUUUUUUCAUUCCUUAAGGAAACAUAAUAAUUGGGAAUUAAUAGAAUGAGAUGGAAUUAAUUUAAAGAGUGAUUUAAUAUCAAGAUAUGGUGGUGUGACUGUUUUAGAAAAAAUUUAAUUAGGCAGGUGUAAAUGAAGAUCUGGCUAACAUGUUAAUUGACCUGUUGUCAUCUACACUUGAUGAACUAAGAGCUUCCUUUUGUGCUGUGAUCUGACUGCAAGAAGCCCAUCCUCUCCUGUAGAGUUGCGUGUCAGAUCCGUGAUACCUAGAGUGCUUUCAGCCACAAGAUCAGUGCUGGGGUGGGCUUGUAAGACAUUUGACCAGUUCUCAUGGUUCCCUUUAUCAACGUGCCUCUACUUAUUUCAUUUUUUUCCAACUAUCUUAGAUGUAGAUGGCCCAGUGGCUUAAUUCAUGUGCUCCUUUUUAUUCUCGUUCUAUUCUAUUUUUUUUUCAGUGUAUAAUUUAAUUAUCUGAUGCAUUUAGAACUUAACUUCCAGUGAAUUACUUAUCAAGAAGCAUUUAUUGUAAGAUAUGUAUCACAAAAUGGGUGUAAAAUGUUAACAUUUUUUUAAAAACAAUUGUGUACUCAUUGUAACCCCCCCAGAACCAUUCCUAGAGCACAUUAUUAAAAAAAAUAGAAAUGUUAUUCAGAGAUACUAGGGUAGAUGUAGCGCAGCUUCAGUUUUUAUAUUGGGUUCCAUUAUAUCUGGCUAAUAGAUGGAUUACAAUGUUGUAGUGUAGCUAUUUAUUUGCUGAUGUUGUUGAGUAGACAGACACCUGUGUAUAUCCAUGUGAUUACUUGAUGGUAUUUAAUCAAUUAUCUUCUAUAAACAAGUUACACUUAUCUAUAUGAGAGAUUGGUCUAAUGAAUGACAUUCAAUGUCUGAUUGCUUUCUUAUGCUUGGAUACCUAUUUUAAGAAAUGGCUUUUGACUUUUAAGUUGCUAUUUUUGUGACUUAAGCAUUUUUUUUUGUUUUGGCUGUGCAGUUUUGUCAAAUUGUAUAUAAUGCUAUUCAUUGUGUUUCUAUUCAGAUACAUUUAUAAUGGAAGAACUGGGUGGACUGUGACAGUAGAGAUGUUGUAAUUGUGAGAGAUUGUGUACAUUUUUAUUAUUAAAAAAAAAAAGUUGUGUGAUAGAUUUUUUUUUUAAAGGAGAUGAAGAUAGGGGGUUAGUUUAUUUUAACCCUUACAGGACCUUACAUUUUUGUUCCUACACUAGGACAUUGAAUAAUGUCCUAGACUAUUGAUCAUUUAGUUGUGUGAGUAGCCCAAAUUUAUUUUAGUAACCAGAUAAUGUCAAACAUAGACCCUCUCAACCAAUUAGCUUUGAACUAAUUAGGUUGAUUGAUAGAAAGUGAGUGUGUGCCAAACAUAGAUGUGAUUUCUCUCCUAGAUUUUCUGUGUGAGCUAUAUGAAUACCUGUUUGCGUUAGCUUGUACAUAUUAUACAUAUAUAAAUAUAUUUGUGAAUAUAACAGCUUGCUUUUGGUGCCCCCCUAUGCUUGUGUAUAAUCCCCUCCCCUCCUUCUAGCUUGUUAAUAUAUGUACAAAUACAACUAUUUAUCAGCUGAUCACUAGAACAACUUUUGAAGUGUGGGCAGUUGUAACAUUUUAUUGACUAACAAAACCUAGUUUUCUACUGAUGUUUUUUUUUAAACCCAAUACUUUAUAUUUAAUCCCAUUAGUUGUAUGAAUGGAGUGUAAUAGAAGAUGCACAGCACACUUAAUGUUAGACAGUGUUUAGUUGUAUCCAAUCAAAGUAUUAAGGUUCUUGAUAGGUUGGUUGGUAUCUGUGUUGUCAUGUUGUUGGUCCGUCAAGUUCAUAGAUAAAAAACUAGGAUUGGAAAAUAGAUAAGGGAUGGGUUUAAUUAAUUUAGUGCAUUGUUAUGUUCCUGAACAAAAUCUACUUUAUCAUAAAAAAUAAUUUCUUAUUAGUGAAAUGUAACAU